AUGAAUCCGGGCAGUGUGAGACCCAGCAGUAUGAAUCCCAGGAUUCUGAAUCCCAGCAUUAUUUGUCCCAGCAGUGUGAAUCCCAGCAGUGCCAGUCCAAACAGUGUGAAUCCCAGAAGUGAGAAUCCCAGCAGUGUCAGUCCCAGCAGUGUGAAUCCCAGCAGUGUCUGUCCCAACCAUGUGAAUCUCAGCAGUGUCAGUUCCACAAGUUUGAAUCUCAUCAGUGUGAGCCCCAGCCAUGUCAAUCCCAGCAGUGAAAAUCCCCGCAGUGUCAGUCCUACAAUUGUGAAUCCUAGCGGUGUGAGUGCCACAAUUGUGAAUCCGAACAGUGAGAAUUCCCGCAGUGUGAAUCCCAGCCGUGUCAGUCCCAACAGAGAGAAUCCCAGUAGUGUCAGUCCCAGCAAUUUGAUUCCCAGCAGUGUCAGUCCCAACAGUUGCAAAUCCCAGCAAUUUCUGUCCCAGCAGUGUGAAUCCCAGCAGUGUGGGUCCCAGCAGUUUGAAUCCCAGCAGAGCGAGACUCAGCAGUGUGAGUCCCAUAGUGUGAUUCCCAGCAGUGUGAGUCCCAGCAGUUUGAAUCCCAGCAGUGUGAAUCCCAGCAGUGUGAGUCCCAGCUGUUUGAAUACCAGGAGUACGAGUCCCAGCAGUGUGAGUCCCAGCAGUGAUUAUUCCAGCUGUUUGAAUCCCAGCAGUGUGAAUCCCAGCAGUGUGAAUUCAAGCAAUGUGAUUCCCCAUAGUGUGAACACCAGCUUUUUCAGACCUAGCAGUGUAAAUCCUAGUAGUGUCAAUCACAACCUUGUGAAUCCCAGCAGUGUCAGUCCCAACAAUGUGAAUCCCAGCAGUGUGAGUGCCUGCAGUGUUAAACGCCGCAGUGUGAGCACCAGCUUUGACAGUUCUAGCAGUCUGAAUCCCAGCAGUGUGAGUCCCAGCAGUGUGUCCCAGCAGCGUGAAUCACAGCAGGCUGAAUCCUAG